UGUUCUGAGGUGAAUAGGAAUGCAACAAUUAAAGAUAAAGCUAAGAGGCACAUUGAAGCUAUAUACACGUUGGAUGUACAACUACUCUCUCUCUCACACGUAACGCUGUUUCAAGCAUUGUCCUGAUUAAAAAUAGGGCAUUGUUUUUAGAAUCAUGAGGGCUGAUUACAUUGUCUUAGCGAUCCUGGUCCUAAGUGGGCUAGCCCAAGGAAGAAUAGUUGGAUCAGAACUGGAAUGGGACCCUAAGGGAUAUAUCUUGUACUGUCCGUGUUCAGGACAAUUUGCUGGACAGGUCGAGCAGCUUUUGGGAACUUUAUAUUUCGCUAAAAUGUUGGAUCGAGUCUUGGUCUUGCCCCCCUUCAUCAACUAUCCGUGUGGUCGUAAAACGCAUGCGCAUAAUUACGGCUUACAAGUUUCAGCGGGAACGAAGGAAGGCAAUCUUUAUGUUCCAGCUACGGAAUACUUCGAUUUAAACGCUCUGAGAGAAUACUAUGAAGACAUCGUCACAUUCGAAGAUUUCAUGUACGAGUUAGCACCAACUCAUUGGCCGUUGGAUGAGAGGGUAGCAUACUGCUCGAGCAGGGCAGCUGAGGGAAAUAAUGAUAUGUGUCCCAGGAAAGGAAACCCAUUCUCUACCUUUUGGGAGGCUCAGAAUGUUGAAUUUAGCCGAUCUGAAAUCUGGUCUGGCGAUCUUCAUUAUAACGUCGAGUAUGAUCCAUGGAGGGUCAUGUGGAUGGAAACAUUCAAUCCCUCUGAGCAUCCUGUACUUGCCUUCAUGAACGCACCGACCAGCACACCGCUAUCAUUGGACAGAGACCACCUUCAUAAAUAUCUACAAUGGUCAGCGGAUAUAGAGAGGGAGGGCGAAAGGUACAUCACAGACAACAUCGAAAGGCCGUACGUGGGACUACACCUGCGAAAUGGCGCCGAUUGGGCCCGUACUUGUGAUCUAGCCGAUGGGACAAUGACGCGUCUAUUAUCAUCAUCUCAAUGCCUGGGUGUCCAUCCUACCACUACAGUUCAUAGACAACUAUGUAUCCAGUCCGAGGAGCUGGUUUCUGAAGAGGUGAGGGCGCUGAUGCAAGAAAAUGAGAUCAGGACAAUCUUCAUCGCAACGGAUCAUGUUUCUAUGCAAGAUGAUUUACAAAGAGAUUUUCCAGAUUUAAACGUUGUAACUAUGGAUCCGGAGAGGCCCCAACUGGAUAUGUAUCUACUUGGUGAAGCAGAUUAUUUCAUUGGAAACUGCGUCAGCGCCUUCACCUCGUUUGUCAGGAGACAUAGAGAUAAUGCAAAUCUACCAACUCGUUAUUUUGGCAUGAGACAAAGUCGGAGAGCAGCUAUCCAUGACGAAUUUUAAUAAUUCUUUAGAUUUUAGUUUAGUUAGAUAGAUUAGAUAAUUUAUACGUUUUUUAAAUAACUUUUAAGAAUAAUUUUCAAGGCUGCAUGUCAAAGUUUACUCUUCACUCAAGUGGUAGUAUAUAGCUCCGUAGUACAAAGGGUUACCUACCAACAUCACCAUGUAGAGGUGUUGUGGCUCAGUGGAUAAGUCUCCGGACUGUAAACCAGAAGGUCAGGGGUUCAAAUCCCACCACAGCACUAGCGUCCUUUGGCAAGGCGUUUAUCUACAUUUGCCACUCUCGACCCAGGUGUAUAGAAAAUGGGUACCCGGUAGGAAGAAAUUCCUUGAAUGCUCGAUGCGCCCGAUCAGGGUAGCCGUAUAAAGCCGGGGUAAUAGUAUGUAGCGCUUAGAAACAUUCGUAUUAAGCGCUAUAUAAAUGUUGCAUAUUAUUAUUAUUAUUGACCAAUCAAGAUCAUUGUUGCAUGCGCAUUUUGUUCAAACACUGAUCAGGAGCCGAUCAGCGUCGUUCUGUUAUAAUUUGCUAUCCAUCGCAAGUCUCAAAUGUUACGAACUUGCGAGGCCAUUAAACAAUUAGCUGAAAGUAGAAUAAUUUUUUUGAAAUAAAUAUAUUUUACAUUUUAAAAUGGAAAAUGUAACCCAUGUUACUGACACAUUUUGGCCAUUUUAAAAAUAGAUACACUGUAUAAAGAAGUGAUUUAGAAACUGAUCGUAACUAUAAUUCUUAUGAAGAUACAUGAAUAUUUUUCACCUUUUAAAGAAUCGAUCUAUAUAUCUUAUCCAAUAGAUGGGGAAAAGGUUUAAUUUUAGAAGAGAAAAACUAGAUUUCACAACAUAGAAUGGCAUUUAACAUCCUUUUGUGAACUUGGGGGUAUGAUGCGAUAUUGGUCAUACCAUAAUUUGUUUUAUUUACACGUAGAUUUUCUGUUGAGUCAUUUUGUUUCCUUGGUUAACAUGGUUAAGUGCUAGCUAAGAAAAAUCACAUUGCUUGAAAUAUGUAUGUGAAUAAUGAAGUACAUCUUUUGUCAUUUCA